GUUCACUUUCGGUCCGUCUUCCUUUCUUGCACCUCGACGUCAAUGUCCCGAAAGUCUGCGAUCCCGUCCUUGGAGGCAUCUCAGCAAACUCACAUUGACGACCUUGUCCAACGAAAUCGUUCUCUGGAGCAUUCCGCCAAGUUGAUUCGCGAUGAACUCGACCAGGAAAAGACUCGUUCCAAGCAUGCCUUGUCCGAGGUGCAUAAACGAUGGAAGGCUGACCAAAAGGAGUGGCGCGAAGGCAUCGAUGUGCUAUUGUCCUGCCAUAAUAUUUCUCUCUGGCACAAGAUCAUCGACCUCCAAACCGAGAGGCUCAACUUUCUCAAAGAGGAAGAUGAUAUAAGGCUAGGGAAGAUUGCUCGCCUGCAGCGGGAUUUCAAGAUUACACAAUUCCAGCAGAGUGAGAGUCAACAUAUCUCUACGCAGGAACGCUUGGCGGCAGAAAUACAGGCUUUGCACAGGAAGCAGAACACUCAAAAGGACAAGUGGAAGGCUCAUAGUACUGAGCUCCUCUCUCGCAUUCAAGAUAGGGAAACCAAGCUCGAGGCUGCUACUACGGAGAUUGAUAGAUUGUCGGAGGAAUUGGCCGCUCAACGUGAAGAGACUGCGCGGCAAAAGAACCUGUACCAAUCCACAACACCCCAACUGGAUCGUCUACGUCUGCAAAUAGAGGGUGCCGAGGCAAAGCAAGCCGAACUACAACGAGAGAACGACGAUCUCCGACGUGCCAAACAUGAACUGGACCGCCAGCUUGCAAAAUGGCAAAAUCUCGAGACGAGGGGUGGGGCAGACAUGGAGAAGGAAAGAAAGCGACGAAUCGAACUCGAGGCUGAAGUUCAGGCUCUUCAGAAUCGGUUGGAGAAAUCGAAAGAGAAGGAGAAGCACAAGGUUGAAAAGUUGAAGGAGUCUCUGACAGAGUGGCAGACCCACGCAGAGUCGGAGCAAGAGGUUUUGGAAGAUACAAAGCGACGUCUUGAGCAAGCCGAAAAGAAGAACGCAAAACUGAUGACAGCGCUAGAGAAAGAACGCGCCAAGACAAAGAGUCUUGCUACAGAGGCAAAGACAUCCAAAGCCGCUGUGGUCAUCGACGAAGAAGACAGCGAAGGAGAAGAACAAACCAAACCCCCAGGAUCUUCGCAUACAUCCACGCCUGAGCCCCCGCCCAAGCCCAAGCCCAAGCCCCGGCCGAAGUCUAAGGCCAACCCUGCUCCUAAAGUUUCCAAGGUGGAAACCACUGAAGAGAGUGCCGAGGUUGAAGAUUUCUUGCUAGGGACGAAGGAAGGCAAAGGCAAAGGCAAAGUUACUGAAAGCAAGACCAAACCCUCCAAGUCUCGAUCUAAGUCACCGUCGGACAAGCCCGAGGAUAGUGACAUUGAGGAAAUACCGGCUCCGAAACCUAAAGAAAAGGAGAAAGAGACGACCAAAGGAAAAUUGAAACGCAAGGCAUCCAGUCCUGACAGUGUCGUUGAAGUGAAGAAGAAGAGAGCUGGCAGUGAGGUGAAGGACAUACCCCCCAAGGCCAAACGAGCGAGGUCCGUGACGGCCAGUCGGGCAGACAGCGUUCAGCUUGUCGAUGAAGGCACGGUGGAGGCCCCAGUAAAGAAAGCAGCCAGACGAAAGAUCAACGUCAUCCCAUCACCCUUUGCGUUCAACUUUGGUGUUCAGGAGGGUGCUAGUGGUUUGAACAUACCGACAGCUUUAUCUCCGGUGAAAGAAUCUGAAGUACCGCCCCGUAGUUUUAGUAGCACACUCAGUAAAUAUACUGGGAGUAUCGCACGUCGAGCAUAGAACUAUUUGUA